AUGGCCACGGAGAAGGAGACGGGCAACGAGUUUGCCAUCAAAAUCCUGGACAAACAACACAUUCAAAAGGAAAAAAAGGAAAAGUACGUCAUCACCGAGAAGGACGUCUUCAACGCCAUGGACUCGCCUUUUAUUGUCAAGCUGCACUGCACCUUCCAAGACUCGCUCAAGCUCUACUUUGUCCUCGAGUACUGUGCCAACGGCAACUUCUUGGACUGGAUCCGCAAGCUUGACUGCUUCGACGAGGAAUGUACGCGUUUUUACGUUGCAGAAAUGGUGCUGGCACUGGAACACAUGCAUUCUCGCCGUAUCAUCCAUCGUGACCUCAAGCCAGAAAACAUUCUUCUCGAUGAAAACAUGCACAUCAAGCUCACCGACUUUGGUACCAGUAAGAUUCUCGACAAGGAUGCCAAGAGCGAUCGUUCCGACUCCUUUGUCGGCACCGCCUUUUACGUCUCCCCCGAGCUGCUCAAUGACAAGGUGGCCUGCCGCAGUUCCGAUCUCUGGGCCCUGGGCUGCAUCAUCUAUCAAAUGCUCUCCGGCGGUGUCCCCUUUCGUGGAGCCAACGACUAUCAAACCUUUCGCAAAAUCUCAUCCGUCGACUAUGACUUUCCCGAUGCCUUUCCCGAGGCUGCCAAGGACCUGGUGUCACCAAAGGAAGCAGAACGCAAGACGAAACUAGAAGCACAACAAAGCUCGCCAUGGUACGCUGCUGUCUAA